GAGGUCCAGAUAGAUAAGCAAUUGGAAGCCGGCCUUCGUGUCACCGUGCGCCUGGGGAAAAAGCAGAACGCAGAGAACAAAACGCAGAAGGGUGUUGUCGUAUCGUCACAAAAUCCCCGCACCGUCUCUGGCUUUUACUGGGGCUACAGCGUCCGAUUAGCUUCGUGUCUGAGCGCCGUCUUUGCCGAAUCCCCUUUUAAGGAUGGCUACGAUCUCUCCAUUGGAACCUCGGAGCGUGGAUCCUCUGUAGAUGAAGCCGCUCUACCUGCCUUCAGCCAUGCUUUAAUCGUCUUCGGGGGCGUGCAGGGUGUUGAAACCGGAGUGGAUGCAGAUCCCAACCUGGACGUCAGCGAUCCCGGCACCUUGUUUGAUUUGUAUUUGAAUACCUGUCCGGGGCAAGGAAGCCGCACCAUCAGGACAGAGGAAGCCCUCCUGGUCUCGCUCUCGGCACUGAGGCCCAAGAUCGACGCAGCGGCUAUGAAAGGACGAAGUGGGAACUGAGUGACCGAUGAAGGAACCAAACGUCAAGGAAAGCGGCUUUGGUUACGGGUUCGGAUUCCCCCUUGGGUGGGGGAACAAAUUUGGAAGGACCAGCCCAGCUGCCCUUAAAUGCAGCAUCUUGGGGCACCCUGGGAGGGGGUGUCGAGAUGGUGCCCCCUCCCCCCUCUAUGAACCACUGGGGUUUAAGAACAAAUUUCUUAAAUUUGGCAACUUGACAAGGACUUCAACUCCCAGAAUUCUGCAGCUCCUUCAGACCCCCUUCGAAGAGAGGAGGGGGCCACACUGCAUGUGAUUUAUGUUGGUGUGUUUUUUCAAGUUAUUUAUAACAAUGGGGGGGGGGUUGGGGGGGCUGCAACCGCCUCGCUUAUCAAAGCAGUGACUGCAGUGACUAAUGAAUUGAAAUACGAAAUGGAAAGAUUAGUGGGAUGGAUAGUGAACUUGAUUGUGAUGUUAAAACAAGAGAGUUGUAAAUGUAACGAUGACUGCAUAAAUGUUGCAAUCUGGAACCACGUUGCUCACGCGAAGAGAUGUGUA